GAAGAGUCAUACAGUUGUGACUAUUGCACGGAAUCAUGUACUAGUAAGACAGACCAUGAAAUCCAUUUAAAGAUCUUUCAGACAGUCUCCAAAUUUUCAUGUGAAUUUUGCCUUAAAGUAUUUUUAAGUGAAGAAAAAUUAAAAAAGCAUAAAGCAAGUCAUACCAAAGUUCUAAAAUGUGAUGUGUGUAGUAAAGUUUUCAAAACUGCUCAAAAUUUGUACAGACACUUGCGAGUUCAUACUGGAGAGAAACCUUAUUUAUGUAGCCAUUGUGGACAAGGCUUUAUCCAGUUGACUCAGUUACAAAUCCAUUUGCGAGGUCAUUCUGGAGAGAGACCAUACCAUUGUGGUCACUGUCUCAAAACAUUUGCAUCAAAGUUCAUCUAUAAACAGCAUUUAUACACCCAUGCCAUUGGACAAAAACAGUAUAUAUGUGAUGUUUGUGGACAGAGCUUUAAUCGUCAGAGCAACUGUCGUCGCCAUAUUCAACUACAUAAUGACUCCAAACCUUAUAAAUGUAAUGAUUGUGGGAAGGCCUAUAGUACAAAACAUGCUUUAAAGAUGCACAAACACCAUUCUCCAUCAGCCACUUCAUGUCAGAAUUAUGGAGAGACU